GUCUAUCAAUUCAGAGAGAGAUUUCGACUCAGGCACAGUUGAUCAUCACAUCAUCUAGGGCAAGAUCGAGAGAGAAUUUGAUUUUGAUUUUGAUUUGAUGGCUGGAUUGCAGCGAUCUGCGAUUUCGUUUCGUAGACAAGGUUCAUCGGGAUUGAUAUGGGAUGAUAAGCUUAUCUCUGCUGAAUUGAUGAAACAAAAGGAAGAAGAAGAAGGAGGAGAGAAAUCUAAACAAGAUCAGAAUCAGAAUCAGAAAGAAGAACAGACGGCACCUUCACCAACGCCGACGCCGGAGCAGGGGAGGCCUCCUAGGAACAUCAACACGAUCGAACGUAGCCGAUCCAAUCGCGCUUUUCGAACGGGAAGGGUUUCGCCGGCGAUUGAACCUCCUUCGCCGCGAUUAUCUGCUUGUGGGUUAUGUAAUGGUUUUGGGAACAAGGAUAAGAUUCGACGGCGGCCAAAGACUACUGUUGUUGUUAAUCGCAGAAAGUGAAGGUUUUUCAGAAUUGGAUGCAAAAAAAAUAUAUGAUUUGGGAUUAUUCUCUUUAGUCUUUAAGAAACAGGAAUGAUCUUGUUCUUGAUUUUUCCUUGUUUGUUCAUGGAGAGAUUAUUAUUAUCAUUAUGUCUUUUGACUUGAUUGAUGAUUAUAUAUAGUUUAGAAUAUGUUUUGGGUUU